AUUCGACAGAGCCGAUUUGGGGCAUUCAAUCGAAAAGAAACGGCAAGGUGUGCUUUCUGCAAACUGACGUCAGUGUCUCCUCCAACCAGCAACACUUCAAUCGGUUGGCAAUUAUUAUUUCCAAUGAUAGUUCGAUUAUUCUCCAUGGGCAUAGUAAUGUUUAAUAUAACAAUGAGACAUGACGCUGAUUAAAUAAUUCCUGUCGGAGAGAUGGUUCAGAGCCCUUGGUUGGUUCUUCUGUAUUGUUGACAUAGAUCGGAACAAACGAAAUCCAUAGAAAAGAUAGAGGAAACCUUCGACCAUGAUAAUGGGAGUUGUGCUACCGUUCCUGGCUCUGCUAUCCUGCACCGAUGCCUUUGUCCCUCGGGCUCCAUGGUCGCCAAUAAGGACAUCGAUCGAUGCAACAGUCGCGGAAGAUGUAGCGGAUCUGGACCAGGAAUCCAUCACCAAAAAGACUCCCAUUAUCCUGCUGGCAGGUUUCCUAGGGACAGGCAAGACCACAACGCUAAAGCAUUUGUUGGAGAACACAGAGGGUUCAAGGAUUGGCGUUAUUGUGAAUGAUGUGGCCUCGGUGAAUAUUGAUGCCAAGCUGGUUUCGUCCAUGCCCGAGUCCGCUUCGGAAGAUAUGAUUGAGCUUCAGAAUGGAUGCGCCUGUUGCAGCCUCUCGGAUGAAUUAUUCACCAGUGUCGAGACAUUAUUCCAGCCCAAACGCAGUGGAAUUCUGCGUCGCAAAAAGGCCCGUGAAUACGACGCCAUUGUGGUCGAGUUGAGUGGAGUGGCAGAUCCCCAGGCCGUGCGGGCCACCUGGACUGCAGCCGCUGGAUCGGAUCGAUUUCCCGCCACUGAAAUGGCGGAAAUUUCCAAAAUUGUCACCAUGAUUGAUUCCUGUACCUUUGCAACCGAUUAUAUGACGUGGGAUGCCGUAGCGCAGCGUCCUGGAUGGGCCGAACCGGGAGAUGAUUGUGCCGGUAAUCGAAAGGUGGCAGAAUUGUUGGCCGAACAGGUCGAAGCUGCCAAUCUGAUUCUCGUCAAUAAAAUUGACAUGGCCACGGAGGAAGAAGUCGAAGUUUCCAGCAAGGUGGCCCGUGCAUUGAAUGAAAAGGCAACUCUACACAAUGUGGCCUUUGGAAAGAUUAGCCCCAGUGAAAUUCUGGAAUUGGGUACCACAGAUCUACUAGUCGACUUCAAGGAAGAAAAAGACGAGGCAGCAGCAGAAACGUCUGGACACAGUCAUGGCCAUGAUCAUGCUUGCGAAGAGCCUGGUUGCACAGAUGAAAGCCAUGACCAUAGCCACGAUAGCCAUGCUUGCGAAGAGCCUGGUUGCACCGAUGAAAGCCACGAUCAUAGCCACGAUAGCCACAGCCACGACCAUGCUUGCGAAGAUCCGGGAUGCACCGAUGAAAGCCAUGAUCAUAGCCACAACCACGACCAUGCUUGCGAAGAACCGGGAUGUACUGAUGAAAGCCAUGAUCAUUCCCACGAAUCAGGAGAUGCCUGCAUUGAUCCUGGUUGUACAGACACUAGCCACUCUCAUUCACAUUCGCACUCGACAUCGACCGACAAUUUGGGUAUUGUCAAUUUUGUAUACAAGUCUGCCCGCCCUUUCAACACCAACAGACUCAUGGCAAUGCUCAAUACGUGGCCAAUACCUGUCAAGGAUGUCCUGGAUCUAAAGGUUUUGGAAGAUGCACAGUCUGAAGGGUAUGACAUGGGAGAUGGACUCAUUAAACAGGACUCUCCAUUUGUUGGAGUGCUGAGAAGUAAAGGAUUCUGUUGGUUGGCUCCCACCAAAUGGAGUGGUGCCAACUGGGAUGCUUACCGCCACGACACCGCGAUGUACUGGAGUCAUGCCGGAAAACACUUUGGGCUAUCGUCUAAUGGAAAGUGGUGGGGAAGCAUUCAAAUGUAUGACAAAUGGGAAGAAUACAUGAAGAAACUCUUCAAAGACAACAUGGCCGAAUAUGAAAGAAUCAUGCGAGAAGACUUUGUGUCGGAAGAAUUUGGAGAUCGCCGACAGGAGCUCGUCUUCAUUGGGAUGAAUCUGGAUCAGGCAGAAAUCACUAAGACGUUGGACGAUUGUCUCCUUUCGGACGAGGAACUAGAGACGUACCGACAGAACCUGAGGAAUUAUCAAGAUGUGCUUCUUAGCGAAAGUGGCGGAAAGGGUUUGUUUGAUACGGAUGGCAGUGUGACACAUACCGAAGCUUAGCCAGAAGUCAAAUAGCUAAUGUGUAUCAUAUUUUGAGUGCUCACAGCUUGAUGUUGCACGUAUGUGUCUAUCUAUAAUACGGUAGUUUUAAUGUUACAAUGAAGACGGAGUAAAAUUGUGGGCUUUGUUUCUCAUGAACACCAAUGCCAGUCUCAUCGACCGGAUAGUGCUCCUUCCACCAUCUUUUCCUGUCUCUGUCGAAAGUAUAGUGCCAAGCAAUGGACUUGUGUGGUCCGGUAAUAUAGAAGGCUUCCAGCUAUAAGUUGCUUCCGAAAGCUGCGAUGCUCUCCAUCGAUGUCCAAGAAGGCCAUGACGUAUUCCUUGGCCAUUCGGAAGUAUCCUGUGUUGAUGUCUAAUGUUUCUCUCAGCCUUGGAUUGUCCAACAGGUACGUUAUCCAGCGCCCUGCUACUGACGCUAUCUUGUAGAUAACUACAAAGAAAGCGACAUUCAACAAUAUGCAAUCGUUCCGUAAGAGCCCUAGUGUAAGGAGUACAGCGCAUGCGAUUGAUGCUGGGGAUGUCCAGAAGUGGUAUGGUUCCGGUUCAGAGACUGAGAGCCAUUGGCUACUUCUUCCUGCUAUUGGUACUGGUACUUUGAAAGUUUCUCCCAUCAUGUUUGAUGUUUUUCUGGUUGUUUGUUUUGGAUUUUGUGUUGGUAUAGCCAACUCGACGACAAUCAAAGCGCUUCGAUCGUUCGACGUUCAACUUCUUUUGCUUGGCUCGGGUCGUGGUGAAACAAGCAUUGCAUCAAGAAUGGUGUGGAUUCCGGGUGAAGCAACGCUU